AUGUCUGACCAGGAUGCUUCCAAGGAUACUGUUCCAACCAUGAUCUUUGUGGAAGACAAUGAGCAGGAGGAUCAUGAUCCAGAACAACAAAGAACAUGGAAAGUCAAAAAGCCCAUCAGUUCAUCCCACAAGCACCGUGCACAAAACUUGGUUCUUUUUUGCUUUUUCUGUGCCGCAUUCCUGACGGUGAUUGUUGUGGGUGCGGGGGCCUACAUUUUGCUCGACACUACUAGCCGCAUGAAGAAGAAUCAUGAUGAUAGCAACAAUUCAGAAGACAGCUACGAAUUCCCCAUUGACCGCAUCGACGAUUUGAUUCGCUUCAACAAUACCUUCAAUCCAGCCUUGCCACAUAGGAAUAUAUUCAAUACUACUGCACCUUGA